CAGAAGAUCACAAAAGGUGGAUCACAGGACAAGACAGCUGUCAUAAAUACGUGCCAGUUGCCAAUCAUCCACAUUUUGAUUAUGGGGAUGUUGCAAUGCUUGUAGGUGUUGUAACUUCUUUCAGUGCUAUUGUUUCUUCAAACGGUCACUAAAUAAACUGUUGUAAGUUGAGGACUACCUGUAGUACAAAGAAAUUAGUAUACUACUACAAACAAAUUAUAUACACUUUCAUGCAGGAACAGUUGAGAAAAAGUUUCAUUUGAAGAAAUUCUUAAGUAGGAUAUAUUACAAAUUCCAACAUUCACUUAAGAUUUGUAAAGGACGAAAAGGGAAGCAGCAAAUAAUACAAAAGAGGACUUAAUGCAGUCCCUUCAGAGAUCUAUAUAGUGCUGUAUUUUUCAACCUUGGCAACUUUGAAGUGUGAACUUCAAUUCCCAGAAUUCCCCAGCCAGCAAGGUGUUGAAGUCUUACCAAAUAAGUCAUAUGUUUGUAUGUUCUGAUUUUUGCGCUGAUCAUUUGUAAUGUAGACCAGCAGCAUUAAAUGUAUAUUUUAAACAGUAUAAACUGUUUUAGUGAAAUGUAGAUUUAUUUUAAAAUACAUCAGAUAUUUAAGAAAAUAAAUUCUCAAUAUAUUCAAUCACAUUGAAUAUGUAAACAUAUAAAAACUAUAAAUCGAAUGUACCCAAAAGUAGCAAUUUCAGUAAGGAAUAUACUUCAAAUUCCAGAGUAUGAAUUUUGAUUUUUCCUAAUCCUAAUUCUUAAUCCUAAGAAUGGGCAGUUGGAAGUUAAAAUUGUGAACACGAGAGCUGCCAAUUUCGGAGCGGAGCGCUCCCAAGCCUUUUCGUCGCCUCCCUCCCGUCCAUGCCACCCAUCUCAGGUUCUACUUCUUGCUUGAGUUGCUUGCUUUAGUUCGGCGGAGCUCAGUCGCGGCCGCUGCCUUGCUCAUCUCCCGCUGCUCCUCGUCUGCCCUCCAUAAGCGUAUCUUUCGAGACGUCUAACGAGCUCCAGAGCUCUCCUCGUUCUAGUCAGCGGCGCCCCACUCGACUCUUUGACUAUAAGAGAAAAUUCUCGGAAGGUGCCCGGCUCGUUUUCCCAAGGCGUUCCCUCGCUUCUCCACCCCGCUCCCUUCGCGCUUUUCCGGCUGCCCUAUUUCUCCAUCGCGCUGCGAAGUCCUCCGUGAAGAAACCUUCCAUCUCUGAGGCAGAAAUGGUUCCGGGUCAGCGAAAGCGGUAGCCGACCUGCCGCGCUCGGGGGCUGCGGGAGCUUCGGAGAAGCCGGCGAAAGGGGCAGUCCGGAGAAUUCUGCUGGCUUUCGCCGCUUGAGGCCGGGAAAGGGGUGCGCGCUUGCGCAGAGAGGGAGCUCUGGUGUUUUGGUGGCGGCGGCAAUAAUAGCAGGAAGCCGCUCACCAUCAUCGCGUGAGGGGCCGCGAUCCUUGGUCGCAGACGGGCCGCCUGCGCUCCCCUUUCUUGGAUCCUCGGGAAGCGGUCCCGGGGCAGCUAUGUCUCUGAACCAAUAUGAGAGGCAUUACAACUCCAUUAACUCCGACUUUGGAAGCGACUCGUCCAGUAGGAGCAGCCCCCGUCCUGCUCCGGGCUUGGGGGGCGAGCAGGAGGAAUUGCAUUAUGCUCCUAUACGGGUUUUGGGUCGGGGGGCGUUCGGCGAGGCCACCCUGUAUCGCCGGACUGAGGACGAUUCACUUGUAGUAUGGAAGGAAGUGGAUCUUACCAGAUUGUCAGAAAAAGAGCGGCGUGAUGCUUUGAAUGAGAUUGUUAUUCUUGCUCUACUGCAACAUGAUAAUAUCAUUGCUUAUUACAAUCAUUUCAUGGAUAACACCACUUUGCUGAUUGAACUGGAAUAUUGUAAUGGUGGAAAUCUCUAUGAUAAGAUCCUACGACAAAAAGACACAUUGUUUGAAGAAGAGAUGGUAGUGUGGUACCUCUUUCAGAUUGCAUCAGCAGUGAGCUGUAUCCACAGAGAAGGAAUUCUUCACAGAGAUAUAAAGACUUUGAAUAUCUUCCUCACCAAAGCAAAUCUCAUAAAACUGGGGGACUAUGGCCUAGCAAAAAAACUGAACUCCGAGUAUUCUAUGGCUGAAACUCUGGUAGGAACUCCGUACUACAUGUCUCCAGAGCUCUGCCAGGGAGUAAAAUAUAAUUUCAAGUCUGACAUAUGGGCAGUUGGCUGUGUUGCUUUUGAGCUCCUUACCUUGAAGAGAACUUUUGAUGCAACAAAUCCCUUGAAUCUCUGUGUGAAGAUUGUGCAAGGAAACCGGGCAAUGGAGGUUGAUUCCAGCAUAUACUCUGUGGAUCUCAUCCAAAUGGUGCAUUCCUGCCUUCAUCAGGAUCCAGAGAAGAGGCCUACUGCUGAUGAGCUACUUGAAAGUCCAUUUAUAAAGAAGCGCAGAAGGGAUAUGGAGGAAAAAGUUGCACUUCUUAAUGGCCCAAACAAACGACCAAGAACAAGUAAUAUGAAUGAAGCACCUAUUGCAGUGGUGACUUCACGCACUAGUGAAGUAUAUGUAUGGGGAGGUGGAAAGUCCACUCCUCAGAAGCUGGAUGUUAUUAAAAAUGGCUGCAGUGCACGGCAGGUCUGUGCAGGAAACACUCACUUUGCAGUGGUAACGGUGGAGAAAGAGCUCUAUACUUGGGUGAACAUGCAGGGAGGCACUAAACUGCAUGGUCAACUGGGACAUGGAGAUAAAGCUUCGUAUCGGCAGCCUAAGCAUGUGGAAAAAUUGCAGGGCAAAGCUAUUCGUCAAGUAUCUUGUGGUGAUGACUUUACAAUCUGCAUUACAGAUGAAGGUCAAGCCUUUGCCUUUGGUUCAGAUUACUAUGGCUGCAUUGGCGUUGACAAGGUUUUUGGGUCUGAGGUCCUGGAGCCCCGGCAGAUCAAUUUUUUUUUCAGUAAUCCGGUGGAACAGGUUUCUUGUGGAGAUAAUCAUGUGGCAGUGCUGACACGAAAUCAUGAGGUCUACACAUGGGGCUGUGGAGAAUAUGGCCGCUUGGGUUUGGAUUCAGAAGAGGAUCACUCCAUCCCACAAAAGGUAGAAAUUCAAAAAACUUCCAAUAUUGUCUCAGUCCAGUGUGGCAAUGAUGGAACCUUUCUCCUCACACAAGCUGGCAAGGUGUUGGCCUGUGGUCUGAAUGAAUUCAACAAGCUAGGCCUGAACCAAUGCACUUCAGGAAUCAUUAAUCAUGAUGCUUACCAAGAAAUCCCAUAUGCUACGACUUUCACUUUGGCCAAGAAACUCUCUUUCUACAAGAUUCGCACAAUUGCCCCAGGAAAGACACAUACUGCUGCCAUCGAUGAGCGGGGUCGUCUGCUUACUUUUGGCUCCAAUAAGUGUGGACAGUUGGGUGUUGGGGAUUAUAAGAAGCACCUAGGCAUUAAUUUACUAGGAGGGCCUCUUGGGGGGAAACAGGUCAUCAGAGUUUCUUGCGGUGAUGAGUUCACCAUAGCUGCUACUGAUGAUAACCAUAUAUUUGCAUGGGGUAAUGGAGGGAAUGGCCGUUUAGCAAUGACACCAACAGAAAGAGCUCACAGUUCUGAUAUUUGUACAUCAUGGCCACGGCCCAUUUUUGGCUCCUUGCAUUAUGUCCCAGAUUUAUCUUGCCAUGGAUGGCAUACCAUAAUAAUUGUUGAAAAAGUUAUAAAUUCUAAAACCAUCCUUCGCUCCAGUAGCAGUGGCCUGUCCAUUGGGACUGUGGCCCAGGGUUCUACAGCUGAACCAAAUGAGGAAGAAGAAACUGAACAGGAUUCUGAGAGCCCUGAUAAUAGCAGAGGCUUCCGGAGAACUAUGGAAGCAGAUUGUGGAAUGGGAGAUCAGAUCAGCACCACAGAAGUAGCUGUAGAUAGCAGUGGUGCUAGCAGCUCCUGUCCUAGUUGGCUGCGCAAGGAGCUGGAGAAUGCAGAGUUCAUUCCAAUGCCCCAAACCCCUUCUCUUGAAAGCUUAGCCUCUUCCAGAUCUGACAAAGAAACUUUUCCCUACAAUGAACUAAAAGGACUCCAUAUGCCUUCGCCCACACCUGUUGACAGUAACGAAUCAAAAUCAGAGUCUUGGCAUCUAGUCUUGGAUUCAGCAGAAUCCUGUGAUAGAGGGAAAUUGCCUGUGACAUCUGAAUGUAAAUGCAGUUUUCUGCAGGCUGAAGUGGAACGUCUGAGUGGCUUAAUAUCAAAGUGCUUGGCAGAUCAGGAAAAAUUACAGCAAGAAACUGCCCGUCUUAAUGCCCAGCUACAAGUUCUCUCUAGGCGACAAGGAACACACCAGCUGGAAUCUCAUUCCAAAGCUACACAAACAUCCAAAGAAGAGAUGGAAUCAGAUCCAAAGCCUGACUUGGAUUCUGAGUCCUGGUGUCUCCUUGGAACUGACUCAUGCCGCUUUAGCCUGUAGUCUUGGAACUUAUUCAUUUUCAAACAACAUUAACUACAUGCAGAGAACAGCUUUCCUAGAUUCAGGUCUUUUGUGAACAAUGAAGUCAAGAGUCUCCAUAGCCUCGAUGUACACAAGAGAGGAAGUGUUGCCUUAAGCUA